UGUGUGUGUGUGUGUUCUUGUGCCAAAGGACUAUGUGGAAUAUCUUUCUGCAAACAACCUGACUCUUUAGACACAAGGAUGUCUUGGCCUCUUCUGUACGCUCAGUUAUUCGCAGUGAACCGUCACUCCACCAGCCUGGGUAAAGUCUGGCUCUCUGUGCUCUUUAUCUUCCGGGUCAUGGUGCUGGUUGUUGCCGCUGAGAGCGUGUGGGGAGAUGAACAGUCUGACUUCACCUGUAACACACUACAGCCUGGCUGUGAAAAUGUCUGCUAUGAUCAGUUCUUUCCUGUCUCACACAUCCGUCUCUGGUGUCUCCAGCUCGUCUUUGUCUCCACACCAACACUCCUGGUUGCAAUGCAUGUGGCCUAUCGGAACCACAGCGACAAGAAGAGGCUGCUGCAGGGGUCUGGUAGAUCUGGUUUCCUCAGCAACAAAAGCCAGGAGGAAGAGUUGGAGACACUGAAGACACGGAGACUCCCAAUAGCUGGCGCCCUCUGGUGGACAUACGCGUGCAGCCUGGUGUUCAGGCUGCUGUUUGAAGGAGGCUUCAUGUACGCCCUGUAUGUGGUCUAUGAUGGUUUCCAGAUGCCACGGCUGGUACAGUGUGACCAGUGGCCGUGUCCUAACAUGGUGGACUGUUUCAUCUCACGGCCCACUGAGAAGACCGUCUUCACCGUCUUCAUGGCCACUGCGUCCUCCAUUUGCAUUGUCCUCAACAUGGCCGAGCUGGCCUAUCUCGUUGCCAAGGCUGUCACUAGGUAG